CCCUCCCAGGGACCGCUGCGCGGAGCUGCCCGGAGCGCGGCGCCCGCGGCGACUGCACUUUCCCGACAGUAGCUGGCUCGGGGCUCGGGUGCGCGCGCGGCGGGGCUGCUGGAACCUGAGGGCUCAGUUGACUGAGGGAGAGUGGGAGGGAAUCCCGGGUGGCCGCGCUGCGCCAGCGGGGAAGCCCUUCGGUUCCCCAGCCCCCGGCGAGUGGGGCGGGGGCCCCCCGAGACCGCCACCGGCCCCUGGCGCAGGCGGGACGCGCGGGGCGCCCCUUCGAAGGCAGCCCUCAGGCUCUCCGCCCCGACUCGGCCGGGCGCAGCGGGCGCGGGGCAGCGCAGAGGGAGGAAGCCAGAGGGGCCGCCCUCUCCUCGGAGUUGGAAGCGCCUCUCCGGGUCCAAAAUGCCCAAAAAGAAGCCGACGCCCAUCCAGCUGAACCCGGCCCCCGACGGCUCCGCGGUUAACGGGACCAGCUCGGCGGAGACUAACCUGGAGGCCUUGCAGAAGAAGUUGGAGGAGCUGGAGCUCGAUGAGCAGCAACGGAAGCGCCUUGAGGCCUUUCUUACCCAGAAGCAGAAGGUGGGGGAGCUAAAGGACGAUGACUUUGAGAAAAUCAGUGAGCUGGGUGCUGGCAAUGGUGGCGUGGUGUUCAAGGUUUCCCACAAGCCGUCCGGCCUGGUCAUGGCCAGAAAGCUAAUUCACCUGGAGAUUAAACCUGCAAUCCGGAAUCAGAUCAUAAGGGAGCUACAGGUUCUUCAUGAAUGCAACUCCCCAUACAUUGUGGGCUUCUAUGGUGCAUUCUACAGUGAUGGCGAGAUCAGCAUCUGCAUGGAGCACAUGGAUGGGGGCUCGUUGGAUCAAGUCCUGAAGAAAGCUGGAAGAAUUCCUGAACAAAUUCUAGGAAAAGUUAGCAUUGCUGUAAUAAAAGGCUUGACAUACCUGAGGGAGAAGCACAAGAUUAUGCAUAGAGAUGUCAAGCCCUCCAACAUCCUAGUGAACUCUCGUGGGGAGAUCAAGCUCUGUGACUUUGGGGUCAGUGGGCAGCUGAUUGACUCCAUGGCCAACUCCUUCGUGGGCACAAGGUCCUACAUGUCGCCAGAACGACUCCAGGGGACACAUUACUCGGUGCAGUCUGACAUCUGGAGCAUGGGGCUCUCGCUGGUUGAGAUGGCGGUUGGGAGGUAUCCCAUCCCUCCUCCGGAUGCCAAGGAGCUGGAGCUGAUGUUUGGGUGCCAGGUUGAAGGAGAUGCAGCUGAGACACCGCCAAGGCCGAGGACCCCUGGGAGGCCCCUCAGCUCUUAUGGAAUGGACAGUCGACCUCCCAUGGCAAUUUUUGAGUUGUUGGAUUACAUAGUCAAUGAGCCUCCUCCAAAACUGCCCAGUGGAGUAUUCAGUCUGGAAUUUCAAGAUUUUGUGAAUAAAUGCUUAAUAAAAAACCCUGCAGAGAGAGCAGAUUUGAAGCAACUCAUGGUUCAUGCUUUUAUCAAGAGAUCUGAUGCUGAGGAAGUGGAUUUUGCAGGUUGGCUCUGCUCCACCAUCGGCCUUAACCAGCCCAGCACACCAACUCAUGCGGCUGGUGUCUAAGUGUUUGGGGAGCAGCAAACAGCAAGUCUCCUGCCCGUGGCGUGCCAUGUUGCUUUUGGACCUCCUUCCCAAGCCUGUCUCUGUUCAGACGUGAAUUUCACCUACGACAAAGGAUGAAGAACACAGCAUGUGCCAAAAUUCUACUCGUGUCAUUUUAAAUAUUGCUGUCUUUAUUCUAUUUACUAUUGUUCUCCCCCUAAGUGGAUUGGCUUUGUGCUUGGGGCUAUUUUGUGUACUGUCAAUGAUCUGAACACACACAUUUCAACUGUAAACCUUUGGUGAUCGUGGGUAGUCAUUCUCACUGAAAAUUGCACUGCUCUUCCUUCACCAUGACUGGCUGGCCGCCUGUAUUUUUGGGAUUCUUUGACACUUGGUGGUACUUCAUGUUUACUGGGUGUACCUUCUCUUUGAUUAAGAAGGAGACUCGUAAGACCCUUCACAGGCGGUGCAUGUGAAGCAUGCUAUGCUGCUAUGAAAAUGAGCAUCAGAAAGCAUAUCAUGUUUUUAUUUUGCUUUUGGUGUAGAAUCUAGCCGUAUCCAUCAAAAUCUAGCCAGAGCCCUUCACUGCCAUUCUAGCUGGGGCUUCACCAGUCUGUCUACCGUGAUGAUUUGUAGACUCCUGGUUAUAUUUCUUAUUUAUUUUUAAAUAUACUGUGUGGGAAAUUUAGUGGUAUUUGUCUCUUUAAGUUUGGCUAGUAUUUCUAAAAUGGUGGAGUUACUUUGAUUUAUAAAUGGAUCAGGCAUUAAAAUUUAUGAGAUUUCUCUUUCCCCACAUCCAAGUACUGAUGCUAUUGUAAACAACGUGUGUAUAGUGCCUAAAAAUUGUACGAAAAUCCUUUUAACCAUUUUAAUCCAAAUGUUUAACAAAUCUCUUAUUCUAAUAAAUAUACUAUCAAGUUAAAAA